AUGGGAGAUAUCGUCCCAAAUCAACUUUUUGUUGCAGGUUACAGUCGUAGCAAAGUAUCUGGAGACAAAGAUAUAAAGGAAAUCUUUAAAAAGUAUGGAACAAUUAAGGAUGUGGCAUAUAAGGGAUCUUACUCAUUUGUAACUUUUAGUAAUGAACAAGAGGCGCAAGAUGCGUUAAAGGCAACAAAUGGGCAAACAUAUAAUGGAUAGAAAUUGAAAGUUGAUGUGGUAGAUAACAAAAAGGGAAGAAAAACUGGACCAAAUGAUGAGGAUAAAUGUUUCAAAUGCAGUAAAGGUGGGCAUUGGGCUCGUAAUUGUCCUAAUGGAAGAUCACCAAGAAGGAGCAGAAGGAGGUCUAAUUCAAGAUCCAAGAGGCGUCAUAGAAGAUCUGUUUCUAGAUCAUACUCUUCAAAUUCAUCAUCUAGAUCUAGAAGAAGAAGAUAUCAAAACAGAAGAAAAAGACAUAGCAGAAGUCCAAGGAGAGAUGCGAGAUAAAAAAAGAGAAGCAUUAGUCCUAGAAGAUCACCCUCUGAUUCAGGAUCAUCCAAACGAAAGAAUUCAAUAUCUUGAUGAAAAGUGGGAAAAAAGAUUUUUAUUACAAAGAAUAUAAAAAUUAAUUGAAUUUAUUU